AUGAGAAGGAUUUCCCCAGUCAUUGGGCUUUCACGCGUUACAUUGCUCUACUCCUCUACUCUCUCAUCGCGAUCUCGGUCUACGCUGACACCCACCAUCGUUCGCAACAUGCCUCAAAAGCGCAAGCCAUCGCAAAAUGUGACCAGAGAAAAUGGAACGAACAGCACCUCACACUCUAACAAACGGGGAAAGGCCGAUCUAUCAUCACCGCAUCCCAAUGCGCGACAAGCGGAAGAAUUCGGCAUAGUCUUGCGACAGUUUUACCCGCCCGAGAUGAGCAACGAGCGAUGCCAAGCCUACAACGACGGCACGCUGGAACGACCAAUGGAGGCACUGAAUAGGGUCUGUGAAGAAACGGUGGAUGCCCGUCUAUCAAUUCGGCCGAAUGCGGCCGUGGUUCAUUGGUUCAAGUCCGAUCUCCGAUUGCACGAUAAUCGUGCCUUGCGGAAGGCAUAUGAGCUUGCGCGCGAACAUUCCAUCCCUCUUAUCGCGCUCUACAUUCUCUCGCCCGAGGAUCUCACAGCGCACUUGAGCAGUCCCGCGCGGGUGGAUCUGACGUUGCGGACUUUGGAGCAAUUGAAGCGGGACCUGGGCGAGUUGGACAUUCCUUUGUACAUGGAAACGCAGGAGAAACGGAGGGGUAUACCACAGCGCAUUAUUGAUCUAUGUCAGGAGUGGGGUGCCAAUCAUCUGUUUGCAAACAUUGAGUACGAAGUUGACGAGCUGCGUCGAGAGGCGAAGCUGGUUCGGUUGUGUGUCGAGAACGGUAUUGCCUUUGACUUGCUCCACGAUACCUGUGUUGUUCCGCCGGGUUUACUCAGUAGUCAACAGGGGAAGCAGUAUGCUGUAUACAGUCCAUGGUUUCGCGCAUGGCAGGUGUUUCUUAUGGAUAAUCCAGAUUAUCUGGAAGCGUCAGAAGAGCCUGGCGCCAAUCCUGGUAAUACUCGGAAAGUCUUUAAAAGCCUUUUCGAAAGCGAGAUACCCGGAGCACCGGAUAAUAAGGGAUUGUCCGACGAAGAGAGGGAACAUUUUCGUGAACUAUAUCCAGCGGGAGAACACGAGGCUUUAGAUCGCCUCGAACGGUUUUUGGAGGAGAAAGCCACGGACUACGAUGAUAUGCGGAAUUCACUAUGCAAGCAGACCACAUCAGUUCUGAGUCCGUACUUUGCGUCUGGAUCGUUGAGUGCCAGAACCGCAGUGGCUCAAGCUAAGAAAGCGAACAAAAAUCAACUGGACCGGAAUGACCUUGGCUUUGUAUCUUGGAUUAGUGAGGUGGCAUGGAGGGACUUUUACAAACAUGUGCUGGUUCAUUGGCCGUUUAUAUGCAUGAACAAAUGCUUCAAGUCUGAAUUUACAGACCUUGAAUGGGAGUACAAUGAGGACUAUUUUAAUGCGUGGUGCGAGGGUAAAACCGGAUACCCCAUCGUCGACGCUGCCAUGCGACAGAUAAAUAGCGUCGCCUGGAUGCACAACCGAUCUCGCAUGAUCGUGGCCUCGUUUCUAUCAAAGGAUUUAUUGAUAGACUGGCGACGUGGAGAGCGGUACUUCAUGGAACACCUCAUCGAUGGCGACUUCGCCUCUAACCACGGCGGCUGGGGGUUCGGUUCCAGCACUGGAGUUGAUCCGCAACCAUACUUUCGCAUUUUCAAUCCACUACGCCAGAGCGAGCGAUUUGACCCGGAUGGUGAGUAUAUCCGGCGCUGGGUACCGGAGCUGCGCGAAAUCCAGGGAUCGGCUAUUCAUGAUCCGUAUGAGCGCGGCGCGGGCGACCUCGCUGAGAAGAAUGGAUACCCGGGACCGAUUGUGGAUCAUGCGACGAGACGGGCACUCGCCCUGGAUCGCUAUAAGAAGGCUGCUGGUGGAAAUUCUAAGUAG